UAGCUCGACGCCAUGGAUCUGGCUUACGAUCAUAUUGCAGAAGAUGGCUACGCUAAGAAGACGGAAGAGCCAAAGACUACCCAACCCCAGUCAACUCUGAAUGAGGACCUCCAGGACGCCUAUAAGGCAUUCUCAAACAGUCCGUGGGGUGCCAAGAUUGGUGGUUUCUUUGGCACUGUGGCCAAGCAGGGUGAAUCGGUAUAUACACAAGCAUCAAAGGAGUUGGCAGAGGUUGGCGAAGAUGCGUCAAAAGGACUCACCAGUCUGCGGUCAACUAUUCUGAGCCACACACGGAACCUUUCACUCAACACUGCUACGGCAGGUGAGAGCUCAAAGGACGGAGAGAAAGACCAAACCACCCCAAGGGCUUCUCAGGAUGGCUCGGAAGAAGCAAAACAAUCCGAGAAUACCCUUGCCCGUCUUCGAGCCGAAGCUGCCAAGAGGUUGAAGGAUCUUCAGCGAGCCGAGGAAGCUGCUGAUGAAGCUCUUAUUAAGUUUGGUGGUAAUGUGCGAAACUUCCUCCGUGAUGCCGUCAGCAUUGCACCACCCCAAGAGUCUGAUCAAAGUGGUACUGUUCUUUUUGAAAGCAAAGACGCGCAGGGCAAGCGCGUGAUCCAUACUUCAAGAUUCAAUGCUCAACUACACGUUAUUCACACCUCGACUGAGAGCUUCACGAAGGACCCUAACAGUGCUGAUUAUGCUGCUUGGUCAAAGGAGUUUGACGCUGAUAAGAAGACCCCGGAUAUCAAUAAUGAUCUACAGAAAUUUCCAGACUUGCGGGCUACCAUGGAGAAGCUGGUUCCUGACCAGGUUCCCUACGUUGACUUCUGGAAGCGCUACUAUUUCCUUCGUCACGGUAUUGAGACAGCCGAAGCUAGACGACGAGAUCUCCUCAAGGCUGCCUCUGCCGAGGAUGAUGUUGCCUGGAGUGACGACGAUUCUGAUGAUGACUCCGACGACUCUGCUGACACCAGCACCCCCGCGACCAAGACCAAAGUUGAGCCCAAGACUGAGCCCAAGACUGAACUCAAGACUGAAACCAAGACCGAAACCAAGGCCACUCCUGCCGCCGCCGCCACCCCUGCCACUGCUUCCUCCAACACUACCCAGCCUGCCGCAAAGACACUGCUGAAGCCAGCCGAGCCUCGUAAAUCCAACGACGAGAAGUCACAGGCCGAUAGCGAAGCUAGCUAUGACGUCGUCGGCGCUGCCUCUGGAAAGACAACCCAGACUCCCAACAGUCCCAAGGACUCAAAGGACUCCAAGAAGAAGGAAGAGAGUAGCGACGAGGAAGACAGUGACGAUGAUUCAGAUAGCGAUGAGGACUGGGAAUAGAGCCUGAAAUUGGUAUAGUGUAUGCUUGGGACGAUCGGAUUUUGCUUGUCCAGCUCGGCGUUCGGUAUUUUGUGAUUGGCAUUUUGACCCAGAGCCUGUAGCUUGAUAUUGAAAUACCAGGAACUCGUGUCUGAUAUGCGACUAUCAUCUUAAGCCCACCCCAUUUUUGUUGUUUUCGCCGUCGUUGCUUAUUUCUUCUUCUUGGUGACCAUGGUGAAGCCGUCCUCGUCGACCUGGGGUUGGGGCUUCUCCUUAGGUGCCGCAACCAGAGCAGGAGCCUCAUCCAUCUCAACAUCAGCACCACCGUCGUCGUCUUCGUCAUCCUCGUCGCUCCAGUCUGUGUCCUGGUCGUCGUCCUCAACCCUCUUGAAGACGCCCUCCACCUUUGUACCCUUGCGGUUCAACCAGCGGGCGCGCAGAGUCUUGACCUCGUCAUAGGUUCCGAGGGUGCAGCUUGC